AUGGCUGCCCCUGCCGCUGUUAUCCGCUCCUACAGAGGCUAUUUCCUCUGGCUUGCGUUGCAGUAUGUGGCUUUCCUGACUGUGGGAAAUGAUGAUUUCUUCUUGGAACAGUGGCCUGUCCUGGUCUUAGUGGCUAUUUGGCUGAUAUCGGAACUCGUGGCGAAGUUUUCUUGGAAGCUGAGCAAGAGGUCGAGCGGCCCCCUAGCUCGAGGUUUGGAAAUUUUCUACGUUCUGGCCGGUGUUGGGUUUCAAAAGGCUUUGCUUGCGUCCCGCGUUGUUUCACAUCCAACAGAGCGCGUGGUAUCCCAAGCAAUAGCGGGGGCAAGCAAACUCUCCUUCACGUUCUUCUUCCUUCCUGCUGGAGAAUUUGUUCUUUUGCUGCUGGUGGACUCCUUACUACAGCUGCUGCUGUUUAGCCAGCCUACAAGCUCACAGCAGGAUCUGUCGUGUGAUGUUUCACUAUUGCUGCUGAUGGAUGCGCUCUUCACUGCAUUACCAUUACUCCUGUAUCGCUUUGGGCCCUGGGGUGCGUUGGACAAUCCACCUACCACAAACUCGCAGGGAGAUGAAGGAAGACAAGCAAUGAAGCACGAAGAUGCGUAUUUUUCGAGAGGCCCAUCAGCAACGGCCGUGGCACCUCCCUAUACAAGCUGGAUGGGGGUCCGGUAUUCCAAUGAAGCCCACGGCUGUCCGCAUUUAGAUUUGAAUGGAACCCCCACCGGGGGGAAUACAGAAUGUGCCUACGUUGUAAGGGGAAGGGAUGGGGCCCACUGCGGAGCCGAGACUCCCGUUGAGAGGUUGUUGGUAUCUCUGUUUGUGUUGUUAUUGAAACGGAGUGACGGAAGCUCACGAGAACAUGACACUCUCUUCGACGGAGCAGUUACAAUGCCCGAGGUGGAAAGUCUACGAAGAGAGAUUAGAAGGUGCCCACUUCCAAGACAAGAAGGGCCCAUAACAACAGUUUCUCCGGGGCAGAGAACUGCCACACUGAGAGAAGAACGGGGCAGCACUGCUUCACGCGUUUGUCCAGCCUUAACUGUGACCACUGCAGCUCCACAGCUCCAGCAGCUCCCUCCCCAACAUAUACACACUCCGCGUGCUGCAGGCAGCCAGUUACCAGAAUCGAGGGGUUCUACACAACAGUUGGAUCUGACAGGCUCCAGCCCUCCACUUACGUCGAAGGCGCAGUCAGACAAAUGUUGUCGAAUCGUCCUUGAUUGUUUAAGAGGGACGUAUUCCAAGGUGACCCAAGACGGCAAACGACCUAUAGGUGUGGGGCGAGCUGCUGUUCCCACAGUGCCAGCUGAAGUGCGUCCUUCGCGGGCUGCUGCAACUCCUGUUUCAGUGACUAAGUCAAGGGCUAGUAGUCAGCCGCCACCCGACAAGGCCAUUCACGAGUCUGUGCUGCUCGGUUCAAUGUUAGCCCCACCCACAGGGCAAACAGCCCAUCUCCUGGGAGAGGCCCCAGUGAGCGGGGAAGACAGCAAUCACAGCAGGAGGCACAGCGUCAUAGAAGGCAAUAGCUGUAACCCGUUGAAGAUGGAAAUGUUCCCUGUGAAUACAAUACAUAAACCAAAACUCAAAAACACGGACUUGAUUAUACUGUCGGGAAUUCGUCGAGAUGCAAUGCGCAGAGAAGCACUUCGUGCUUCACUGGCCAGUGGAAGUACGGGGCCUAACUUGUUGGUCGACCAACCAAUCCCCCCCCACAAGGACGGUGCCAUAAGCAGCAGCAGCAGGCAACCAAAUGACUCACAAUAUGUCUCGAGGCCUCUCGCCGGCACCGUGAAUUUAGGGGAAGAUGGCCACAACACCCAACAGUUGAGCUCAGGCCCCGCAAGGGAUGAUGCGCUGCACCACACAAAUGAUAAGCAAGAGUACCACCCAGUGCAACGCCAGAAGCAGCAGCCUGUUUUGCCAACACCGAAGAAAGAUAUUGGCUCAGGGGAGCGCAAAGACCGAAGGGGGCGAUCCCCUCCUUGGAUAUCCCUUUUUAAGGUUCUUCGGCCGCCGGCAGAUCAAAAUGUGCAUGUUGUGUUGCGGCCGGCGACGCCUCCCGAAGAACUUGCAGGAGGAGCCUUCCCUGCAGCUUGUAAUGAUCCUAAUAAGCAAAUGUUCUCGCCAAAGAGGGGAGUCUCGAGUGCACACGUAGGCGGAGGGACCUCACCAGUGCAAGCCUUCCCAAUCCUCGGCCCCCUUGGAGGUCUUGGCCAACAGCAUCAGCCGGUAAGCCACUCUGUUCUGUGGGGCCGGUCCAAGGCCAUUGGAGCUAACGGGACGCCCAUGUUGAGCCCCCGCAGGAACGGGAGAACGGGCAGCUUGGGGGCGAGAGGGACAGCAGACGACGUCCGUUACCGCAGCCAGUCUGCCCUCCUUCUGGGGCCGGAGAGACAGUGCCAGUGGUCCCCUAGAGCUCCCAUUACAACCAUUAAUGGAGAUGGCUCGCUAGGAGGGGUCUGGGGAGAAGCUGAAGGCUUGGUGGACAGAGAAGAAUGCAUCCAAACGGGAUACAAGCAUCCCUUAGGAACUCCCACAGCAGUCCCCUCGACGAAGCCGACAACCCAGCGAAGAACGGUGAGCAGCAAAGAAGAUGACAGCCAACGGAUACUGAACGACUUUGCCAUGUGGCGCCGAGGCAGGUGUAUGGACACCUCAGGACCCGAGUAUGCAGAGCCAAAACGACCACAGCAGCUCUCUCCAACUAGGCGCUUAGGUGGGCCCGGCGUAAGCACGAAAGAAGACAAGAAUAGGGGGCACACUAAGAAAGGGACGCAAUCAUCUGCCUCUAGGGAUGCAAGCACUCCUCAUGCAGAGAAUAUAGUAGACGAGCUUGGGAAAAGGCUUGCUGCAGCGACGCCAAGGGCCUCCCGAACUCAGAGCCCUUCGCCGUUUACACUGCGGCCAGCAAUGGGCAGCGACCAACUGCCCCUGCUGCCGCCCUCCAGUAGCAGCCGUCUCAGCAGCAGCGCCCGAAACAUUGCCCCAAAAGCCCCUCCUGAAGUGAAGCCCACAGAUACCAGCCAACACUCGCAAGCUCACAGCCCCGAACAGCUGCUCGAAUUCGACAGCAACAACACCAGCAGCAGCAACUCCUGGGAUAGUUGGGAGCCGUUGCUCCCAGGAGGAAGUACAGCUCUCGUCUUGCCUGUCUUACACGAAGUGGCAACCCGACUGGGGGAUGAGUCCCACGGAGGCGGCGAGGAAGGUGCAGGAACAGAUGCCCACCUUCGUAGCCCCAGCCGGGAGCCUGUAAAGUGA